AUGUCUCUUCUAAAUACGCUCGUCAAUUUGUUCUACCAAAUCGUUCAGACACUCCUAAUUCAACUCUUCUCGCCAAACCCUCCAGAGCCCACGCAGCGUCUUCCAGGACCUCGUGUUGCCGUCAUUGGAACCGGAAUCACCGGUGUGUCUUCGGCCGCGCACUGCCUCGGACAUGGCUACGAAGUUAAGCUCUUCGAAGCCGGAGACCGGCAGCAUUUAGGGGGAAUAUGGAGUCAAACGAACAAUACAUCCAGUUUGCAGAUCCACAGUGUCAUGUAUCGCUUUCACCCUUCAAUUCGCUUCCGCAAGGGGUAUCCGGAUAGACAAGAGAUUCUCAAGGAGAUUACCGAGCUUUGGGAACACUACAAACUCAAUGAGCGGACCACAUUUGGCGUACGGGUCGAGAAGGUCUGGCGAGACGAGAAAACCGGGAAAUGGAUUAUUCAAGAUCCUUCAUACGGGACCUUUGAUGGUGUCAUUGCAGCAGUGGGCACUUGCGGAGACCCUAAAGUACCACAUAUUUCGGGCCAGGACAAAUUCAGCGGGAAGAUCUGUCACUCUUCCAAGUUGACAGACGAAAAUUUGAAAGGAAAGUGUGUCAUGGUGAUAGGUGGCGGAGCAAGUGCCCUGGAGGCCGUGGAAGAUGCUGUGCACCAGGAAGCUCGCCAUAUCGUGAUACUAUCGCGAUCAACCAAGUGGAUUAUCCCUCGAAAUCCAGUCAUUGAUGGGCUGCUGGCAUUGAAUCCUUUUGGCAAAGAAACCAGCUUCUCGUGGCUACCAGAGGCACUGCUUAGGAAAUUAUUCUAUCGCGACAUGGAGGAUCUAGCACCAGCCAAAGCAGGGUUAUACACCCAAACACCCCUGGUAAAUGACGAUGUGCUUCGUCAACUUCGCGCUGGACGCGUGUCAUGGCUGCGAGGCGAUAUCAAAGAAUUCAAAGAAAACGGAAUCCUCUUUAACCACCGCGAGAAAGGCGUACCCAAGGGCGGCGCUGGCCGUGAGGAGCUAAUACGUGGUGAUGUCUGCGUGAUGGCAACGGGGUUUCAUCGACCAAGUCUGGCGUUCUUGCCAGACGAGUGCUUUAAGGCUCCAUAUAGCCCACCCAACUGGUUCCUCCAGACAUUCCCUGUAGGACAUCCGGAUAUGUGUGCCACAAACUCGACGUAUGUCAAUGCUAUUGGCACUGUUGGGAAUGUCCACAUUGGUCUAUAUACUCGUCUGCUUCUGAUGUACAUUGCAGACCCAAGUACUAAACCAACUGCUGCAUGGAUGCGUGUGUGGGUUGACUGGACGCGCAUGUGGAAAUGGAGAGCCCCCGGAGGAGCUCUUGAGUUUUUCACAUACAGCGAGCUGAUCUUGUGGGUGGUUCUCAGUUUGGUCUUUAACCCCUGGCGCUGGCGCUGGAUUCCAUUUGUGCUUUUUGGCUGGGGACGCAUUCGAUCUGUCAAACAUUCAAGGACCACAACCUCAACAGCUUCCAAGACGCAUGUUGAAGAGGGACAUGGCGCAGAAACGAAACAGGAGAAUCACGACGAAACGAAGGACAGCAAGGAAGACGGAGUAACCCGUCAGGUCAAUAAUGGUAGCGGAACGCCGAGCUAUGCAUCAGCAGUUGCCUCCGGGAGCUCGAAUGUCAAAUUUCACAACAAGCCUAUGAGAAGAGAGGCCCGCGAUGUUCCUUCUAGCGAUGUGCAGCCGGAUCAGACUGAGCAUGUCAAGGUCAAAACGGUGCCUAAUGACGACGCCGCCAAAGCAGCUGUGGCUGCUUAG